CUGUCUCGGUUGUUCCCUUCCUUCCUCAACUAUCCCCUCUCCUUACCCAAGCAAGCAAGAAACCUUUCGUCUCUUCCUCUAGAGUUAAGCUCACGCUUAAUUGACUUCGACGAGGCAUGUUCUCGAUUGACUUCUUCCCUUUGCGGGUCUUGGAAGAAAUCUAGCUUGGGGGGUGAAAUCCAGUGGCGUGGCUUUGCUUGCUUCUCUUGUAGAUCCUCUGGAUUCCGAAGAUCUAAGGAGGAAAAUGCGGUCGAAGACAGGCGGCAGGACGGUGGCGUUCAGCCCCAUAAAGGAGUCGCCGGCGGCUGCGGAGAAGGCAGCGGGGUGGGAGGUCAGGCCGUGCGGGAUGCUCGUCCAGAAGCGCGGCGCCGACGCCGACGCCACGGCCGCUCCCGUGCCCACCAUCCGCGUCAAGGUCAAGCACGGCUCCGUGUACCACGAGAUCUACGUCAGCUCGCAGGCCACCUUCGGGGAGCUGAAGAAGGCGUUGUCUGCCAAGACGGGGCUGCACCCCUUGGACAUGAAGCUGCUGUACAAGGACAAGGAGAGGGAGUCGACGGCGUUCCUCGACACCGCCGGCGUGAAGGACAAGUCCAAGGUGGUGUUGGAGGAAGACCCCACGGCGCAGGCGAAACGCCUGCUCGAGAUGCGCAAGACCGACAAGAUGGAGAAGGCCACCAAGUCCAUCUCCGCCAUCAGCCUCGAGGUCGAUCGCCUCGCCUCCAAGGUGUCGGCGCUGGAGGCCAUCGUGAACAGAGGUGGGAGGGUGGUGGAGCAUGAUGUGACCAAUCUCAUCGAGUCUUUGAUGAACGAGCUGAUCAAGUUGGACGCCGUCGUUGCCGACGGGGAUGUGAAGCUGCAGAGGAGAAUGCAGAUCAAGAGAGUGCAGAAGUAUGUCGAAACCUUGGACGCGGUCAAGAUCAAGAACGCGAUGCCGAGAGCGAAGGUCCAACCUAGCAAAGAGCAGCCGCAGCAACAUCCGACUCAGCCUCAGAAUCAUCAGCGACAUCCAAUUCAGCAGCAAAAGAGGGAUUCGCAGCCAACACGGAGGCCCUAUCAACAACAGAACCUUGAGCAGCCACAGGUGGUGGUGACGACGAAGUGGGAAACAUUCGAUUCCCUCCUGUUCGUGCCAUCCACCUCCACGUCCACCGCGGCCGCCUCGUCCGCUCCACAUGCAAGGUUCGACUGGGAGCCAUUUUGAGUGUUCGACGAAUUGCCUUGCGGCCAGGAGUAUGUGUGAUAGUGUCCAGUUGCCGUUUCCAGCUCUGAUGAGAUCCCUCCUGAAGACCACUUUUCUCGUGCUCUAUUACUACUAUUCUUUUUGUGUGUAUAUCCAGCCACUGUCUAUCUACUCUUGCAAGGGGGUCUAUCUAAUUCAGCUCCAUGAGAAAUAAAUGGGACUCAUCACGAGCCCAGUUCCAAAGAAACAA